CUGAUGUGUUUAAAACCAUCACAGAAUAUAAUCACCACAUGUCAGAUAUACAUAAGUUUAUAUCCUGUGCGGAGUGCAGUACCUGGUGUCCGUCCAGAGGUGCUCUGAAAGGGCACAUUCAACGAAAGCACAAGCCCAAGUAUGUGUGUAACAUCUGUUAUAAGACCUUCCACUGUACCAUCAACUACAAAGGUCACAUGAACAUGCACACUGGUGAGAAGCCGUACAGAUGUUCUUGGUGUGGGAAAGCCUUCACUUAUCAGCAGUCACUUAUGGCUCACCAAAAAUUAUGCUCACAAAACAAAUUCUGA